CUAGACUUUUUGAAGAAUGGCUAGUGAAGCCAAUGUGUUUCCUUCUCAUGCCUUUUUGAUUAGAAGCUUGGAGAACCGAUGGGUGUCCAGCUCAGGAGGCAGCAGUCAUUGCAGCGGGCGCCGCUUCAUUGGCUAUGUAAUACCUGUACUUCUCAUGCUGCAAUGGGUAUUUUGUUGUCCGGAGACGAGACCAGGCUCGCCUCGAGUUACGCACCUAAGAAGGAGCCUCGAUUCGAAAAACCCCUAUCAGUACAUGCCAACAGAGCCAGGAAAGUCAUCAGACCAGAUUGGGUACGAGCAGCUUUGCACGAGAUGGAAUCGCGAAGAAGCUGAGGCCGUGCAGCGAUGCAAGCGCACGCUCCAGAGUGACGAGACGACUCGAGAGGCCAAAGUCCUUGCGCUGAACGAAUUGGAAUACUGGGCUAUGAGGCGAGGAGGCUACGAUGCCGAAGUUAUUCUCAUUGGCAUGUUGAAGGAUCCAGACAAGGAAGUCUCUGGCCAGGCUCACAUCAGUCUGAAGAAGACUUGGGCUGCUCAUUUCAAUAUGUGGAUCAACAAUAGGGUGGACCGGGGUCGACUUCUGAUGAGCGAGAACAAGCUGGAAGAAGCCUUUGAAAUAUUUGACAAGGUUGCGUAUGAGAAUCCCCUUUGGGGAGAAGGCUAUCAUUUGAGGGCCAAGUGCUGGAAUGCCAUGAAGGAAGUUGACAAGACGAUUGAAGACUUGCAACGAGCACUAGAGUUUUGUCCGAACAACUAUCUUGUGAUGGUUGAACUGGGCAUCACUCUUAUGGACAGGAAAAAGGAAUAUGUCCAGGCAGCAAACUUGUUCAAGCGCGCUCUCGACCUGUGCCCGUUCCUACCGGUGGAGGGCUUUCUACGAGAUCUUUUCAAGAAGGUGCCCAGCUUGAAAGAGGAUUGGGAGGCGGAAAAGAAAGCCAAUGAGUUCUCACUGACAGAGCCGCCUGCGCGACUCUUGCCCCACACUUGGGUUGAACGCUUUGAAGCCACUGAAAGGCCCAAUCAGGCAUUUCUAAGGGUGGGUGCUGAGCUGGAGCAAUGGUUUGCAGAGGUUCGGCGGCGUAAGGCUGAUGCUGCCACGCAACGGAAGCUUUGGAGUGUUCUGGUGAUCAAGUGGGAUCCGGACAAAUGGCCAAAGAAGCUUCGCUCCUUCACGACCCAGGUGCAUGAGGCCUUGAAAGCAAGGCGCGAGCGCGAGCUUGCCAAAGCGAAACCUGAGGCCAUAGAGGAGUGGAAGGACAAGGAUGAGGAGGAAUUUGAGGAAGCACAGAAUGAGUACGAUGAGGAGGCUGUGGCCUUUCUCAAGCGUCUGAGGGCGCAGCGUACUAGCCGAUGAGAGAAGCGAUGGUUGUAUGGAAAAU